AUGCGUGGUCUGGAUGAAAAAUACGAGGCAGAGAUAUCCCAGCUCGCUAAGGAGUUGGAUCACUCCAGAGCCCGAGUGAACAAUCUCCAAAAAGCUCAAGAAGAACAGCCUGAAGAAAUCACUCGGAUUUCCAAGGAGCGGGACGAAUACAGCGAAGUUGCCCGAAUACAUGCUCUCGAAGAAAAAGACAAGGCAGAGGUGUCCCAGCUCGCUAAGGAGUUGGAUCACUCCAGAGCACGAGCAAACGAUCUCCAGAAAACUCAAGAAGAACAACUUGAAGAAAUCAUUCGGAUUUCGAAGGAGCUUGAAAGCUUUGAGCGCGACGAAUGCAGCGAAGAGGUUAUCCGAAUGCGUGGUCUGGAUGAAAAAUACGAGGCAGAGAUAUCCCAGCUUGCUAAGGAGCUGGAUCACUCCAGAGCCCGAGUGAACGAUCUCCAGAAAGUUCAAGAAGAACAGCCUGAAGAAAUCACUCUGAUUUCCAAGGAGCGCGACGAAUGCAGCGAAGAGAUUACCCGAAUGCGUGGUCUGGUAGAAGAAUACGAGGAGUUGCAGAGGUGGAAGGAGAAGGCUGAAUCCGAGAUGGCCAAGGAGGAGGAGUACAAAGCCCAAGCAGAAGAAUUGCGUGCAAAAUGUGAUGCGUUGGAGGAAGUUGAGCCGCGCAUGGAAGCGAUGCGGUUGGAGAUCAUGGAGAUGGCCAAGGAAAGAGACACAUGCCAUGCGCGGGCGGAGCAGCUGUGUGCUGCCGACACCGCCCAGAUGGCACGAAUCGCAUCGCUGACGGAGGACCUGAGUGAGUGCCAGGCGGAAGCCGCGGCUCUUCGGAAGGAGCUGCAGCCUGUCGCUCCAGAGUUGGAAGAACUUCGUGAGCAACGACGCCAAGUGGAAGAAGAGCUGCGAAAGGCAGAGAUGCUUUGGUCGAAACUGCCUUCUGAGCAGAAUCUGAGUGAAGUGGGAAGGCUUGGGAAGCUGGGCGACCAGUUGGAGUUCCAAGCAGCGAAUGACAUCUUAGCAUACGCCGCAGUGGAAGUUCUCGCAGCCAAUGAUACGAAUGAAAAAGACCAGGCCUGCAGAAGCCAGAGCUUGCGCCGUCAGGAGGUUGGUGCAGACGAGCAUCCACCAGUCUCCACAAGCAGCUUGGUGUGGAAGCUGGAAGCCAAGCGAGGGCGAGCCGUUAGCGCACCUCCAGAAGCAGAACCCCCUCGGAGUGAUUCCGAUGCUCCUUCAUCUCCAGCGAGACCCAAAAUCGUGCCAGGUGCUCCCAAAGAAAGCCAAGCAUGUCCAGCUGCCUGUGAUACGCAGAACCAGCGGCAGCCAUUGAUGUCGCCUUGCAGGCUUCGGGAGCAGGAUGCUGUGGGGCCACAGCUGGCCUAUUACAAGAGUCUCAGCACAAAUGGUGUUGGUACGUCACAGUCCCUUCGGCUGUGUGCCGAGCUGGAUGCCAACUCCGUUUCAGCCAGUUGGCAGGCCUCGCCAACCAGCCGAAAGUUACUCAGCAGAAGCAGCAGCGGUUCUCGCAGCCCAGGCUCUGUGUCCACCGCGCGCACUGCGGCACUCAAUCCUGUGAUCAGAAGCAGAAGCCACUCCCCUGUGCGAAGACUCGUUACAGGUCGAAAGCCCACUCUUUCUUUGCCUAGCAGACAGGUUCUGGCAACACGCUCCAUGCCCAUGCCAUGUUCGACAACAAGUGUGCAACGAACGCAACCUGCGUUGGCUGAACCAGCGGGCACUGCUACCGCGCGGCCCAUGCCUGCCCCAGAAGCAAAGCCUGUGUUCUCCCAGCAACUGAGCCACUGCCAAUCUGCUUCGAUGGGAAACUUGAGCCACGCCUGGCAGGUACCGAACAUUGCAGCUUCCAUGGGGCCGCCUGCGCCGCUUGGGCCCUCUGCGCCGCUUGGGCCCUCUGCGCCGCUUGGGCCCUCUGCGUUGACAAGAACCAGGAGAUGUGUGGUAGCAACCCGAGGAAACGGGCCGCAAAGCGUGACCUUCGCUUCCUGUCGCUCAUGGUCACCCGUUCGAGUGGAGCCAGACUUGGUUCCCGGCCGCGCGUGGCUGUCGCCAAAUUCCAAGCAGCAGGAUCCUGCAACCUUGGGAUGGCCUCCUCCCAAAGCUGACAGCUGCCAGAUGCUUCUGGAGCCAACCACAGGGCAGGCUUUGAAGGCACGACAGCCAUAUCCCAAAGCUGACGUUGCCGUCGCUGAAGGUGAAGGACUUCAGACUUUGAGGGCAGAGAGAUCUCGUUGCUUUUGUGAGGAUUAUUGCGGCCCAGUUUGCUCUUAG